UUCCAGAAUUCAGAGCCCAUGGCAGAAUCCAACCACGCAUCAUCGGAAGUCCACGACUCUUCGGACGACGUCGACUUUGUCGAUACAGUAUCGUCACCGAAACUCAACCCAUCUUCCACCCCGGAACCUUCGUCACCGAAUCAGAUCGAGGAUCACGUAAACAAUGCAGCGCCCGACUUGCAGAAGGACGCCGUUCAGGAAAACGAAGAAGCAACACCCCAAGUGCAAGCUGAUAAUACCCCGGAUCAGGAUGAGGCAUUCGAAGCAGCAGAUGCAGCAAACGACGAAUGGAACGAGAAUGGGGAUGAGGACGAUUUUGGCGAUUUCGAUACGGAAUUCGUGGAAGCCGACGACGAUGCAUUUGGUGAUUUCGAUGAUUUUGAAGGCGCUGAAACCGUGGAUGCCAUGGAUGACUUUGAAACAGAUAUACCACCGCCUCCUCCGACGGAUGCAGAGAAAUAUGUGACAGUCUUGGAAGAAGCCCCCGAUCCGGAUACUAUUGCCAACUACGUUGAAGGGUAUUUAACUGAUUUAUGGAAGGAUUCAUCAGAAGAACGGGUAGCAUCGCCUUUAUCCAUGACGGAUCAUGAUCAUCAUGAAAAGGAUAUUCUGUGUACAAAAUGCAGUGCGGAUCUGUGGGAAAAAUUAUCGCGAGAUUCGAUCUUUUACAAUCCCAUCACUGGGGCUCUCGGGCAAUUUCAAUGGACUCGGUCAGAAACGAAUCGUGCUUAUUUACGAGCACUGGGCGUGUCGAUCAACUAUGAGGAAAAAUCCAGUUUAAGCAGCGGAUCAUUGUCGAAUUGCUCUUCCCCCGUAGCAGGAUACCGUUCGAGCAACAAACGACCGCAAUCCAACUAUCUCGAGUCCAAAUCGAACAAUUCAUCCGGCGUGUCACUCCAUGAAGAGAGAAAAUCGUCUCCCAACGGCCAUUUGCGCUCAGCUUCGUUAUCAGGCAUGGCGGUAUCAGCAGGCAAGGCAAGGCCGUUUGAACAAGAGAAAAAGGCAGUGGAACCUGAAGCCGAAUUAGAUAUUGAUAUUGCCAAAGCUUACUGUGAACUCACUGAAGAAACCAUUCGUGUUUUCCCGGAUGUGAAAUUAACGGCCAUGAUUGGAGAAUUAACACGGUUACAACGCCAAGCAACGGAAUACCUAGGUUAUUUGCUGGAUCAACGAGAGCAGUUAUUGAUGGAUGCGGAAACAUACAACGACCUGAUCAGCUGUAUCGUUGGUCACGCUCAACGACUGCGGGAACAAAGUGUCAAUAAAGACGCCAGUCCAGCCAUGGUCAGCAAAAAGAAAAAGAGCGGCGCAUUUUCCGGGAUGAUGCGACGCAAACAGAACAGCAGUAUACCAGGUUACAGUGCUUCCAUGGGUGGAGGGGUGGUCGGUAUCCAACAACCCGGUCAACCCACGAACAAAACCCCCACCAACCCGAUAACAGAAGGACGACGAUCGAUGUAGAUAAUAGACACCUCAGUACUCGUUUUCUUUUUCUUAUGUUCCUAUUUUCUUCUGUAGCUUUCUUUCCUUCCAAAAUAUACCAGUUUAACUUGUUAUUAUUAUGCAGAAGUUGUUCUUUCUGCUUAUUUCUAGUAUCUCCACAAUAAAAACCGAACCCCAUUUGUACGUAU